AUGCUUUCCGGAAAGCUGAUGAUCCCUACUACUGUCAAUGUCACGACGCUGCAGGGCCAUGGUUACUGGCCGAAAUGUCAGUGGACAAACAUAACCAUUGUAUCAAGGAGAAGGCCAACGAUGUAUUUCGCUCCCAGACGUUGGAUCAAUACUACUGCCUCAUUAGGAGCUUCAAGAAAUUAUUAUGACGUACUGGGUGUUCCAAGAGAUGCCAACCCAAAGCAAAUCAAAGACGCCUAUUACAAACUGGCAAUGAAACACCACCCCGAUAAAAACCAAGGAGUACUUACUGAACAGUUCAGAGACAUCAAAGAGGCAUAUGAUGUAUUGAGCAAUGAAUCUAGUCGGAUGAAUUACAAUAAAAAUAUGGGUUCUUCAAACAAUAACUAUGGUAGUACAUCUAAUGAUUGGACAUCUAAUUCUUCUUAUGGCCGUUAUUACACAAAUCAUGAACAUACAUACAAUAAUAAAAACUGGUCAAGAACUGAGUACAGCCAUCAAAGAACCAAACGUGCUGGGGGUUUUGAUAAAUUCAAACCAUUUAAUGUGUUCAUAAAUGUCAUUUCAGUGCCCAAGAAUAUUGUAAAAACUCAAAUUGAUAUAAUGUUAUUGAGCUUUAUCAAAAACCGUACAUUAAAAUGGAUUGUGUUCCAACUAUUUCAAUAUCUAUGGACGUGGGGGUUAAAAAAUUUGAAUUAUAAUGUACUGAUAUCGUCGUCAUCGACUAACAAUCCAUUUGCAGAAUUCAUUAGAGGUUUGUUGGAUAACCAUACAAUAAGGAUUGAACUAACAGAAAUGGAAGCAAUAAAGGGUAAAGCUGUCAGAGUGAAAGUAAAUGAAAAUGAAAAAGUUCUAGUGGUCAAUAUACCCAGGGGAGUUCGUAAAGACCAAUCAUUCUACCUGUUUUACCUGAAUAAUGAUGAUGAUAACACCAAAAUUUAA